AUGUUAUUUGUUUUAUAUUUAAUUGUAGGUUUUCUCCUCUCCUUUGCAAAAUGUACCACAAUUAAAGGGAAACUUGACUUACCAUUCGUGAACAUCAGCAACUUCUCUAUAUCGAGAACAUAUUUCAGCCUUUAUCAAAUUGGUAAUUAUUCAACAAAUGAACCAUACUAUAAGAAAACCGGACUACAAGACAGCGAUGGGAACUUUGAAUUUUCAAAUUUGCCAAUAAAUUCAGGAAUCAAUGAAACAACACAUUUUGUAUUAUAUUCAACAUCACUGGACUUUAAUUUGAAACCUAACAGAAUUCUUAUAGAAUUUAAAGAAUUGGAGAAUGGCACAAUUACGUCAAAAGCCUUCAAGAACUUUUUUGGAAGAGAAUACUUCCCUUCAAACGAUAUAAUACAUCCAGAACAUUUAGAAGCUAUUGAAAUGGAACCAUACAUCACCAUAUCGGAAGUUAAUAUGGCACCAUAUAGAUCUUACUUCCAAGUAAGAAAUGUUGGUAUCUUACAAAGUGGUCCAUUGGCUAGUAUCUUGAAUUCUCGUUGGAAAUCCGCUGCCGUUCUUUCUGUCAUUCUAUUAGCUAUAUUCCCAUUCCUUGUUGAAAAAUUCGAUCCAGAAACAACAAAGGCAAUGAAACAGGAAGCUCUUGCUAAAAAAAGGAAAAAUAUAUCAAUUCUGCAUAGAUAA